AUGUCAGCACCAUGCAUUGUUCUUACGGGAGCUGCUUACACGAACAUCAAUAGGUACACACGUGCUCUAGAAGAGCGCAUUGCGUUUCUAGAGUCGCAGCUGGAGGCGGGGACGAGCAGUAGCAGGACUACCAGUGCACAACCGGUAGCUGCGUUUCUGUCUCCGAACAGUCAAGAUGCUACAGGAGUAGGACAGGCAGGCUCUGCCGUGGGGCCUGGAAGUGGAAUUGGAAAUGGCAUUGACCAUAAUGCUGUCGGGGAAUUAGUCGGGUUUCUCGCCAUCAACUCGUCCGAGGCACCUGCGUACAUUGGCUCGAGUUCGGGGCUCUCCCUAGCAGCUAACCUGGGCGAGAUGGUCCAGGCUACCGUGUGGAACCAGGUGUUGUCUUCGUCGCGCAACCAGCCUUCUUUGUCUGCUGAUGGUAGAGGGAAUGCAGAUGCCGGCGUCAGUGGUCUUCCUCCGCAGCCCACGCCAUCAGAUAGGGCGCCUGGCUUGGACCGCCCGCGUACACUGCGCAUGGAGGAGUUGCUUGCGAAGAGCACAGAACCGCCGAAUGAGGAGAUGGGCGGACGGAUUCUUCAUGCAUACUUGACCAGACUCCAUGUUCGCUAUCCGUUUCUCGACCGCAAAGAACUAUGGCGCCUGCACGAGGACCGGUGGCGGCUGGCCAAAGCGAAACGAGAAGAGCUUACCAAGUCUGAAAGAUUUGGCAUUUUCAAGCUGUAUCUGACAUAUGCGAUUGGAGCGACUACGAUGCAGCUGAGCGAGAAGUACGACUAUGUCCCACCAGAGCGCUUCUACAUUACAGCCCUUCAGCAAGUGCCGGCUAUGUGUGAGACCCGAUCCGUAGAGAAUGUCGAGGCAAUGACCCUGCUGGUUGUAUACCAUCUCCGCUCUGCUUCUAGCCAAGGUGUCUGGUAUAUGAUUGGUAUGGCUAUGCGUACCGCAAUCGAUCUUGGCCUGCACCGCAAGGCCAAUGAAAUCAACCUUGACCCAAUCACGGCACAGAUGCGUCGGCGUCUCUUUUGGACCGUAUACUACCUAGAGCGGGUUGUAUCAGUAUCUCUCGGACGGCCUUUUAGUAUUGCUGACAGGCAUAUCGACCUCCCUCUCCCUCUUGAUGUUGACGACGACGUUCGUGAUCCGGCGCUUCUUCCGCCAGCGUCUCCGACCAUCUCACCCGAGGGUGGUACUAACAACCGUAUCACGUCACUCACUUUUUCCAUUUACCUUAUCACACUCCGCCGCAUCGACUCCCGCAUUCAACACAAGAUAUACCGCGCCGACAGGCCGAUACACUCACUCCGUUCAAAGAUGGACCGCCUCUUCCUUGAAUUGGAGGAGUGGAAGACAUCCGCUCUCCAACGCUUUACAGGCUCUGACCUUGACUAUCCCAUGCUCCACUACAACCGGGCCCUCCGCCUCCUCAUCCAACCCUUUCUUCCGUCACUCCCCCUCACAGACCCCUAUUACCACAUCUGCCUGCGCGCAGCGGGGGAUAUCUGCCAGACACAUAAACGGCUCCACCAAACAUUGGAAUAUGGCCACUCCUUCCUGGCCGUACAGACGGUCUUCAUUUCUGGAAUAACCCUACUCUACGCCCUCUGGACACAUAGCGACCAAGUCUGGUCCGUCCGAAUAAGCAAUGACAUCCGCGCUUGCUCGACUGUCCUGUUCGUCAUGGGCGAGCGCGCCACAUGGGUCAAGAAAUACCGCGACGCCUUUGAGCUUCUCGUGAACGCUGCCAUGGAAAAGCUCCAGGGCAACGAAGCGGCCAAAACAGCGGGGAUGGCCGAGUUAAUGACAGCCCAACAUGCCGGACUCGGCGUUGGGCCCGGUGCUGGGUACAAUCUUGGGAUCGGCACGCCUGCCAGUCACGGCCAGGCCCCUGGUCCUGCAAUGGCCGCGCCGGAGUAUCCUGGUACUACGCAUCCGCAUCACACAGGCGUCGCCCCAGAUUUGAAUCUGGCCCAGGGACUCGUUGACUCCGCGAGUCAGGACCACGGCGUGCGGAUGGCGCUACAGCUUGCACCUUGGAUUGAUCUCGAAGACGGACAUGGGCCGUUCUGGGUUCCUGAUUUUGAGACCCUAGAGAAUUUCUCGGGAAAUCUGUGGAGUGCUGGGGAUCCCACGGCAUUUAAUCCGCUGUAG